GAAUCCAUUCGCAGAAUCUGCAAUCCCUCACUCUACAAAUUUCCCGAUUCCAAAUGCACGACGGCUACAUAUAUCUCCCAAACCUGACAUCCCUUCACAUCAAAGACUAUUUUUGGGAUGAUAAUGCCGAAGAUCUCCUAGAGCAGCUUCCUAUAUUCUUCCCGAAGCUCUCAGAUCUGCAUUUGGGUGUCAAGACGAUAGACGAUGAUGAGCAGGUCGGGGGUGCCACUUCGGAUGAACUUGACGAGGCGUCAGAACGAGAUGAGGCUGCAAGAACUUUUUUCGCUGCUUGCAAAUUUCUGGAGAGACUAUGUUUUAAUGGAAAAUACAACUUGACGAGAGAGAGAAUAUCACCUAGGGCAACGAUCAACGGAUGAAAGCAAGACAAUGCUCACGCGGGGAUUGGAACAGCAGACUUGAUAACAGGAAAUUCCGGCAGAAGGGACGUGAUUCUGUUGUGCGUUCUAUGCUCGCUCCGCGAAAGCCGUGCACUUGAAACAGCGAUCGUCAAUAAGGACUAUAUACAAGAUAAAGCUUUGGGGUCUCAGGUAAGGCAAAGCCUGCGGUCCGAGGGCAGAUUUCAUGCAGAACAAAAGUACAUCUUUGCCGGUUUUUAUAGCAACCGGCCUAACAAGCUUUGCGACAAGUGAGGUAUCCAGACGCGACGAGCGAGAGUCAUAUAGCACCAUGGCAGUAGUAGCUAUGCACCAUUUUUUUAGCUCGAUG